AUGUGGUUCAGUUUUUCUGAUAUGCAGGACAAGAUAGAAGUGAAUGGUGACAGCCCCCACCCGCUUUACAGGUACAUGAAGGCUGUGCAGCCCACAUCUCUUCCAGGUGGCCCCUCCUCCUUCGGGAAGAAGGGAGAAAUUGAGUGGAACUACACCAAGUUCCUGAUCAACAGACAUGGGCAACCCAUCAGGCGGUACCGUUCGGUGUUUGAUCCUCUCAAUUUUGAAGGAGAUGUUCAGCUCGCCCUUGCGGACAAUGGGUUCCUAACUCCAGAGGAGUGCCUGCUGAAGCCUGAGCUUUCCCAGUGCUCCAUCCAGCAAUACCUCUAG